AUGUCUCAAAGACGUGCAUCACUUGAGCUUGGUAUCUCACAUAGAAGUUUACAACGUCUUAUGCAAGAUCUGAAUUUAAAACCAUAUAAGCCAAGAUUGUUACAAGCGUUGAACGAGGAUGAUCCAUAUCGACGAUUGAAAUUUUGUGAAUGGAUUUUAAAUUCAACUCAAGAAGAUCCGACUCUAUUAGGCCGCAUCCUUUGGAUGGAUGAAGCCACAUUUCAAAUAAACGGUCGUGUCAACAGACACAAUUGUGUUUAUUGGAGUGAGACGAAUCCACAUUUUAUUAUCGAACAAGAGCUCAAUGUACCACAAGUGAUUGUUUGGAGAAGAAUAUGGUCAAACGAUGUUGAAGAACAUUCAGCUUUUCAAACAAUGAUCUGGCCACAAGACGGUACACCACCUCAUUAUGACCAAAUUGUGCGGGAUUAUUUAGAUGAUACAUUUGUAGAUUGGAUUGAUCGUCGAGGAACCGUUGAAUGUCCACCACUAUCUCCACAUUUAACUCCAUGUGAUUUCUCAUUAUGGGGGAUUAUGAAAGAUCGUGUAUAUGCUCAAAGUCCUCGUGAUGUAAACCAUCUGAAGUCAUUAAUCAAACAAGAAUUUACAUCUCUCAAUAAUAAUAUUGAACUAUGCCAAAGAAUCUGUCAAUCUGUAGCUGCUCGUUGUCAAAUGUGUAUUAACGCCGAAGGAAAACAAUUUGAACAUUUAUGCUAA